AUGCCACCAAAAAAGAAACCUAAAACAAAAGAAGAAAUAAAAGAGCAGAAACGAAUUGCAGAACGAUUAAGAUAUCAACGGCUAAAAAAUGACCCUGAAAAAAGAGAGCAAUUGAAGGUAGAAGAACGACGGAACUACCAAAUAAAGAAGGAAAAAGAAAAAAAAUCCGAGAAGUAUAGAAAGAGAUUAGAACGUUUGGAAAAAGCUAAGACAAAAGAAAAUGUUGACUCACCUAACACUAAACUACUCAAAAUGUGUGAUUCGUCGGUAACUCGCAGAAAAGUAGUCAAAAAGGCGCUAUUCGGUGAAGUGUUCAAUGCCCAGCUGAAAGAAAACUACUCUAAUUUAAAAACCUGCAAAGAAAAACAAAUAUUCGGAAAAGUCGUAUCCGGUGAACUAAUACACAUGUACAAAUUAUGGCGAAGCAAAGAUAGUUCUAUAUCUUAUAAAACAGUUCAGAAGUCGACGCGUCGAUCCGUUUUAGUAUCCACGCUUCGGACUCGUAAAGACAAAAUUUCUUCGGAUUGCAUAAAGACUGUACGAAGCUUCUAUGAAAUGAUGAGAACAGCAGACUUGGCGCAGGAAAACGAGAAUGCCUGA